UUCUGCUGAACGCGCCGGACAUCGACCCCGCGGCGAAAGCGGGCAGGAACCAGAACGGAGAACGACGAUCCGAUCGGUAUGGCGAGUGGACAGUGCCAAACAUAAAGAUAACCAGGAAAAGGGGAAGGAACAGUCUAACCAUUAGAAUGGGGAGCAUCCAGGACGACGGCGCUUGUUGAUGACACCAGGGUCAGAUGCGGGUCCCACCCAUGGUCCCACCCACAGGGGACGGGGACAUAUAUAUUGAUGUCAUCCUGGCUGACGCACACGUUUGCUGGAUGAACUCCGUCAGUUUAGUUGAAACUUGAUCCACUACUUCGUUGUGUUGUUUGUUUUCGGGCUGGUUUGCAGAAGAGGCUAAUGUAACUAACAAUAAACAACGACUAGCCAAUUUCAUGCCACAAUCACAAAGACGAACAGGAACGCUAUGAAUGCUCCGAGACCAGAAGUGACGUCAAACGUGCAACUCGGAAGGAUGGCGUCCGAGGAGUCAGGAACACUAAGCUCCACCCCUCUGGCUGUGAGCACCGCCCAUCCAGCUGUGAGCCAAGCCCAACCGGCUGUGAGCCCCGCCCUGGCGCGCAGAGGGUGGUGCCGCCAUCUAGUGGCCGUUCGGAUCCACUGCAGCAGUACUUCCGGACUGGUGGCCCCCCUCCGCUCCGAGCUCAGAUCGCUGCCUGGACUCACAUGUGAACGUCCGUCCGUCCGGCCGACCUGGGAAUGAAAUACAUCUGAGCGAGCGAAGUUAACAUCAUCACCUUCAGCAGGACACCUUAAGAAUGGGAGCCAACGAAGAGAAAGGCGGGACUUGUGGGACCAUCUUCCUGAAGUAUCUGCUGUUCACGUUCAACUUCCUGUUCUGGCUGGCGGGGGGCGUGGUGAUGGGCGUGGGCGUCUGGACGCUGGUGGAGAAGAGCGAGUACAUCAGCCUGCUGCCCUCCAAGACCUACGCCGCCUCCGCCUACGUCCUGGUGCUGGCCGGCGCCAUCGUCAUGGUGACGGGCGUGCUUGGAUGCUGCGCCACCUUCAAGGAGCAGCGGAGGCUGCUGCGAGUGGUGAGGGAGGCCCUCUAUACACACACGCACGCACACACACAUCUAUAUACAUGCUGUCCAUACAUACGCGUGUCUGUUUGUGUUUCUAAACCCAUUUAUUAAUAUACUUCAAAUAAAUGGUUAACUGUAGGAUCUUUGCCUAAAAUGCUCAACACCCCGUGGUCCAACUUAAGUGCACAUCGGGCCAGUGAACAGUGCUGGCCGGUGUUAUCUUGAUGUUAGACAUCACAGCAGCACGGAGCCAACCAGAGCACAAACGUCCCUUCAGCAGGAACUCCGCGCGCUGAAUCCUUCUGUCUGGAGCAGUGCUACUCACUAUUUAUUUCAGGAGAGCCGCACUGACAGGGCAGAGUCAACAGGAGAGCCAUUUGACCGCAAAGCAUCAAAACCUAUAAAUCCAGUCGUAUGCCUGCUGCUUAUUGAUACGUCAUCCCUUAAGCAGUGUUUCCCCCAGAACCAGUCCUUAGGGGGUCCGGGGGCGUGCUCCCCCGGGAGAAGAGUUGGUACCUGUUAACCUAGAAUGCAUCAAUCUGGUGCACUUUGAGAGGAACAUUAAGACUUGUGUGACUGUGUACUAUUUUAUGGAAUAAUGUGGAGACACUGGGUCACAUAACAUGGAAGCUAUUGAAGAAUAAGUUAUUACUUUUUAUUAAAUUAUUCUUAAAUAAUUAAUGAAUUAAAUAUUAUCAAUCAAAACGAGUGUGUUCAUAGAAUA